AUGUCAUCCUCUUAUGAUCCCCUCCUGGAUUCAAAUAUCCAAUCUUCAAAUACAAAUAAAGUCCUUGACCUAGCUAAACAUGCUGAAAACAAGCGUGCAUUAAUCGUCCAAGCAGGCCUUCUGGUCCUCGUCCUUACCAUCCUCCAUGCCAUCUUCACACACCCAAUUAUUACAUUCUUUGCCCCCCAUCCCAUCCUCAACUCUCUAGGACUGGUCUUUUUAGCACACGCUUUACUACUCACCCAACCUCCACCAAUCUCUCCAGUACACAAAACUCUUUCAGGUCGUAUCCAUGGAAUUCUCAAUACCACCGCAGUAGUUCUUUUCCUCACUGCUUUCUCUAGCAUCUUUUAUAACAAAGCUAUCCAUGCUUCCCCUCACAUUACCACAUGGCACGGACUUUUCGGAAUCACUACCUAUACCCUGCUCUCUUUAAUCUUACUCUUUGGAAUCUCCAUCUACUGGUUCCCAGUCAAAGUCUUUGGCUCUGUCGCCAAAGCAAAGUCUUUCUACAAAUACCACCGUAUUGCAGGCUAUUUCACUCUCACUCUGGCCUCCUUGACUAUUCUUCUGGCCCUUGACUCUGACUAUAACAACAAUGUCUUGCAUAUCUCUUACACCGUCGUCGGAAUUGCUGUUACUGCCAUUUGGGGUGGUCUUGUGUUGGGCCUCACUCCUUCCAGACUAGGAUUUAUCUGA